UUAUAUAUAUUCAUUGAUGCUACCAAAAAUAAGGACCCUAUAUCGAGCCAGGAAUCCUUUGGCUGAAGAAAGAAAAUUUUGAUUGGGAACUUACCAUAAUGAAAAUGGAUUCUUUAUCAUAAGUACUGCAUUGUUGAAGAUUUGGGACGCCGUGUAAGGGAUCAGAUUAAUAGUUCGUUCCUUUCUUCAGAGCUUCGUUCACCACCUGUUUGUUAAAAUUCCUGAGAAGCCAAACUAGCAUAUUUACAUACAACAUGGGAAGAAAGAAAGCAAACGGUAAAGGGCUUAAUGCAACAUCCGGAUCACAACGACAAAUUUCCAUGAUGCUGAGGGAAGAGUCAACUGGGAAGAAACGUGGCAAUCUGAGUGCGGAAACCAUGUUGAAACUCGAUUACAUGAAGGACAUUGCUAUAUGGGCUAGUGUAGAAGCAAAGAUUCCUCCGCUUGGUGCUUUGUAUGGCCGGCAGUUGGCUGCUUCCUAUGAAGCAUUGGGCAUUCCUCCUGACCCUUCUCUUUUCUUUUGCGAAAGUUGUGAAUCUAUCCUUGAACCUGGUCAAAAUUGUACAGUCCGGAUUGAGACGAACAAGGCAAAGACAAGACGUAGACGCAAGAAAAUGAAGAUUUCCACAAAAAAUAAUGUGGUUUACACAUGCAAUUUUUGUUCUCAUCGAAAUAUUGUGAGAGGAACUCCAGAAGGCUAUAUGAAAGAGACUUGUCAAUCAAAAGCUGAACAACUUUCAGACUCCAAUCUUGCUAAAUCUGAAGUAGCAUCUACCAAUAUUGACGCUAAUGAGGUGAAAAAUACGGUUGGUUUACCUGUAGCAACAGCUGUAGAGGGACCUGACACAGUUAUUGAAGCAUCAUCUACCAAUAUUGAGGUUAACGAGGUGAAGAAUACGGUCAUUUUACCUAUAGCAAGAGCUGUAGAGGGACCUAACACAAUUGUUGAAGUAGCAUCUACCAAUAUUGAGGCUAAUGAGGUAAAGAAUACAGUUGGUUCACCUGUAUCGACAGUUGUAGAGUGUACUGGCACAGUUAGUCCAGGAACUCCAUUAUUGGAAUCGAUGAGGAGGAAAAGAAGUAGGUCGAGCAUCAAGAAAGUCUCUCAAACUGAAAGUAGCGAAGUUAAUGCUAAUGCAGAGAACGUUGUUAGUGCAUCGAAGAAGAGGAAGAGGAAAUCUUGGACAAGUUUGAAGGACAUUGUGGAGAACAACAAAAACAACGAUACUUACCAGAAGCUUACCAACUUAACAAUUCCAUUUUAGUUAAUGCUAAUGGUUUGAAUGUACUUACCAAUUCCAACAACUCGAGAGUUUUGAGUUAUAAAAUUUAAAUGCAAUAUUUAAAUCUUAAUCCAAAUGGAUUGCAAAAUUUAAA